UUAAGAUUUCAGCAUAUGUGUGAAUUUUCAUUUCAGGAAAAAAUUGAAGCUAUUAAUCAAGCCAUAGCCAAUGAAUAUGAGGUUCGAAGAAAAUUGUUAGUGAAACGUCUGGAUGUAACUGUGCAGUCAUUUGGCUGGUCAGAUCGAGCAAAGAGCCAAACGGAAAAAUUGGCUAAAGUCUAUCAGCCAAAACGUGCCAUCUUAUCUCCUAAAUGUGCUAUAUCUGUUGCACACCUCUUGGCAGCUCGGCAAGAUUUAUCAAAGAUAAUGAGGACUAGCAGUGGUUCUAUCAGAGAAAAGACUGCAUGUGCCAUUAAUAAGGUACUUAUGGGCCGAGUGCCUGACAGAGGUGGGAGACCGAAUGAAAUUGAGCCACCUCCUCCUGAGAUGCCACCAUGGCAGAAAAGGCAAGAUGGCCCUCAACAGCAAAGUGGUGGAGGCAGAGGUGGAAGAGGUGGCUAUGAAUCAUCAUAUGGAGGACGUGGAGGCUAUGAACAAGGGAGUCAUGACCGAGGAGGCCGAGGAGGAUAUGACCAAGGAAGUUAUGAAAGAGGAAGUCGAGGGGGGUAUGACUCAUCAUAUGGAAGUCGAGGAAGUCAUGAACACGGGGGUCAUGAACGAGGAGGGCGUGGACGUGGUGGCUAUGACCAUGGUGGCAGAGGGGGAGGAAGAGGAGGCAAACCUCAAGGUGGCUGGACCGAUGGUGGAGGAAGUGGCUAUCAAGAUGUCUAUAGGGAUAGUAAUUACAGAGAUUCAGGAUUUCAAACUGGUGGUUACCAUGGCGGUGGCAGUGGAGGUGGCUACCAAGGAGGUGGUUAUGGUGGUUACCAAUCAUCAUAUUCAGGAAGUGGAUAUCAAGGUGGGAGUGGCACCUAUCAACAAGACAACAGAUACCAAGACGGGCACUCCAGUGAUCGAGGUGGAGGUCGUGGAGGAGGGCGAGGUGGCCGUGGAGGCCGUGGCAGCCGUGGUGGGCAAGGAGGUGGCUGGGGAGGAAGAGGUGCACAGAAUGUUAAUCAGGGGGGGCAAUUUGAGCAGCAUUUCCAGCAAGGGGGAUACCAGUACAAUCAAUCUGGAUUUGGACAAGGAAGACACUUCACAAGUUGAGGCUACAAAAAUUUCUCAAUUGGCAGAGCUCAUGUAAUAGUAGUCUGCUUAUUUUUUCUUUUUGAAUUAGUAUCAGUCAACAUGUCAGGGUGACCUUUUCAAACUCUGCUUUUGAGCAUAUGUGAAAAUAUGGAUAAAUACACUGCCCAAAUCUAAAUGCAGUUUUCUUCUCCAGGACACAGAACUUUAAUACAGCAGUUGAGAUUCUAUAUCUUAAAGGAAACUAGAGAUUCAGAAUGCAUGUGUGUUCAUACAUGUAAUAUGAAAACCAAUAUGGCUGUAUUUGUACAUGGGCUUGUUUUUCCCAUGUAAAACCUUCUCCCAUUUAUAUGCCAUAUUGGAUUGCCGACUUCAGAUCUAUACUUAACGCUGCGCAUAUGUGUAGUUAGCUGUGCAUAAGUCCAAUUAAGUCAGAUGAAUUUAUGCAUUUUAACUAUGCAAAGAAUUGCAGCCUAUUUUGCUAGGUCUAUUAUAUGAGCUCUACUGCUGGUAACUGGUUCAAGUAGCCUAAUUGCUCUGACUGAAAACACAUGUCAAAUCAAAUGUCCCAACACUCUCAUACCAUGCAAAAUCAUAUUUAGUCAAGCUAAGUUGUAAAGAGAGACUAGAAGUAGCCCCAUGCUUCCCCAUAAUCCCAACUUGCUCUCAUCCACCACAAAAGAGUGGACCCCCUGACCAACCUAACUUUUACUUGAAACUAGCUAGCAGUAAUGGCAAUCUGAAACCAGUUUUAUGCACGAAUUAAAACCACUCAUCCUGAAAUGCAGAAUGGUUUCAUUUUGUUAUUUAACUCAAGAUGAAAUGCCCUUCAGCUCAGUUUGUUACAUUUUUCUUCACUAAAAGUUGCAUUAGUGCGCCUCGCCUUUUUUUUUUUUUUUUGGUUUAUUUGCAUAUAGAAAUAUUGUCAAGCUGUGAAAGAAAAUGGCUGAAGGUGUGCUAUUGUAAAAGGUGAGCAAUAAAAAGUAUCUGUUCUCCCUUUGGUUUAUUGGUCUUUAACAUUACAAAUAUAGAUUGUUUCAGUUUCUUCACCAUGAGGUUGAAGAAGCAUCUUACAAUUGCAAGUAAGCUUUUAAGACUAAGAAAGAAUUGGACUGGGGAACAGAGCUCUCCCAUCUGCAGUAAACAGAACAGGAGGUGGGAAGAAAAUGUAGCUAUCUCAAGGAGAAGCAUUCUCAGCUAGCAGGAACUGAUUUUGCUUUACCAUUGACACUAAAUUACUUCUUCUGGCAGGAGUAAAUUUAGAAAGUUGUGAGAACAGGGGAAUGGCAGAAGAAACUCAUUUAACCCACUCUUAAAUAUACUAGGUCACUUUACAGAGGCACCAACUAAUUUUUAAUCCAGGUUUGUAUUGCAUUCUUUGAUUCAUCAAGCCCAAUGUUCAUUCCACUUCAUAGUUAUCAAGUAUGCAUACCUUGAAGUCAAUAUGCUAAAACUGUGUUGAGAAUUCUGACCACUGGAUUCUGAAAAUGAGAUAUUUAUAGCUCAGCAAAAAUAGUUCCUAAAAGCUCUCAUAUUUGCAGCACAAAAUCUCCACUAGGUGUUGCUCCUGAUUCACAACUAAAAAAUAACAAAUUCUUGUUCAUCACUGGAUUAGUGUUCCAUAUCAUGUAGAAAAUGCUGCAUCUCUCUAAAUUUUUGUGGCAACAUUUUUUUUUAAAAAGAGGCUUCUGUGCAAGUAAAAGUGCUAAUGGUGUAAGUCACAUUUUAAGUAGUUUGGUAUCUUGGAAAUCUUUGCUGGAUUUGCUGAGAAUUGCCACCACUUAAAAUGGGCAAGGAGACUGUUUUUAGAGAUCUAUGAACAUGUUAGGUGACUCACAGAAAUACAAGAAAUUGUAACAGUGAAUUAACAGCUUGUAUAUUGUAUUGUGCAUAUUGACCAAUAUGUCAACAUAUGAAAAAGUUACAGACCGGCUAGCACAAGCGGGCAAUGCCUGUGUAAGAGAUUUCAGUCUACAGGCAACUAUGGUGGCAUGAAAUCUUUACAGGGGAAGAAGUAAUAUAAACAUGGUUCUUGGCCAUAGAGCUCAGUUGACCUUUAAGCAUUUUUUUUCUCCUUUCUUUUGUAAGCAGGCCCAAAAAGAAACGUGUUGAACUUGACUCCCAUUGACUGUACUCAUGCAGUUUUCUUGGUAGCAUCAUGGAAAAGCUCUCUUUCAGGGCUUUCUUUGACUUACUGAUUUAGCCAACAGAAAACCCAGUAUUUUAGGUCCAACACAAUUUGUUAAAAUUCUCAAAGAUCUUAUUGAUACAGUAAUUGAUGAACUUCUUGGCACAAGGGUAGUUAAAUUUAUCAAUUGCUAUUUAUAUAUUUUUGCAUCCUAGGGAAUUUCCAAAGAUUGUUCUGCAACCUGUAGACUAAACAUUUAUUUAUGGAAAGUGAAUGUUAACUGGUACUUGACUAGUAGUAGGAAAAUGUAAAUAUAAAAAAAGUUACUCCUUAAGAAGAAUCAAUCAUUUUAUGUGCUUCUGUUUCUAACCUUCUCUCAUGUGAAUUAUGUAGUAAUACAUACAGGCCCUCUAACUUUUAUCUGAAUCUAAAAUAGGUCACUAAAUUGUGAGAAAAGGUACUAUUCUGUCUGCAAUAAACAUGUCAUUUUUUUCAGAGAUAGUGUACUUUCCAAGAAAAAAAAAA